AUGUUCUCAUCGUCUGAAAUACUUGAUAUUAUCAUGGACAACAUCUUCCGUUUAUUAGCAUGGUUUUGGUUAGCUAUCACCAUCAGAAUCAGUGUUGUAUCAGGCAGAUAUCCUACUAAAGGUUGCCAGCAUACCAGUAGAAGAGGCCUAUCUUGGGUGCAAAUUUCCAUGAAAAUUAAGUACAUGAUUGAAAGAGGAGAAGUGGGUAAAAUAAGACGAGGGACAUUGUCACUGAUGUCUAGCGCAAGGAUGCCGCCGCGGAUUUCCUUGCAGGACACAAAUCUGAAGUUCACAUUCUUGUUCUUGAUGUGUUGACUUUUGUUCGUAUGUUGCACACUUUGUUAUUGACUUCUUGUUCAUUGCAACUGCAUCAAAAUUGAUUGCACUGAGUUGUACCUUCCUUGAAUGAUGUUACUCCCACUAUUAGUUUACACUUCUCCUGCUUACUACUUCUUAUCUAGUACUUCCUAUCCGCCAUAAUUGUCAUAAAAUAUGACCAUUUUUUCCACCUGAGUCAUAAUUUUCAUGCUUGAAGUUGGAGUGUGCGCCAAUGUGCCACUUCGUUGGGGAUAUACAUAUAUGUUUCUUGCUGUGGAGCGAGGCGUUAUACCUUGCAAGCAACACACGUUCCUAGAAAUCGCAAUCAAAUUUUCAUCCUGAUCAAAAGCGAUCAUGAUGCUGGGGCAGACGAC